AUGGCGUUUCUUGUUCUCCUUCUUCUUUUAAAUUUUGUAUUUAAUGCAACAAAUGCUCAAUCAACAAGCUCUAUUAUCAAACCAGGUUCUUCUCUUUCACCCAUCAAUAAUUCAUAUUUGCUAUCGCCGUCCGGCCAGUUCGCUUUCGGUUUCUACCGAUACAAAAACGGCUACUCCGUAGGCAUAUGGUUCGAAAACAUCCAGCAGAAAACAAUUGUAUGGACGGCUAACCGAGAUGCCUUGCCGUUCCCUAGCAAUGUCACAUUGGUUUUAACCACCGAAGGUACCCUUAUUGUUCGACCAAAGCAAGGUCAAGACGUACUCAUUGCCGAUGCUAGUAGUGAUAACGUGUCACGGUUAGCAACUUCGGCCUCGAUGCUCGAUUCGGGUAACUUUGUUUUGUUGAAUUCGAGUGGUGGGAUCGGAUGGGAAUUUGGUUCAAUACCCUGUUGGAGCAUGGAACAGCUUGGUGCUGCUUAUUGGGCUACUGAUACAUUUACUGCUGGAUAUGGUGUGAGCUUGAAUCUUGAUGGUGACGGUCACCUAUAUUUGUUAAAUGAUACCGGUUUCAACAUCAAAAGUAUUAAUACGAACUACGUUAAUGCCUCGGGUAAGUCCGUGUAUCGUGCAACAAUCGAUACGGAUGGUAUAUUUCGAUUGUACUCACAUAGUUCUAACCAAUUUGAUGAUUGGUACACCGAAUGGUCAUCCUCUAAUUAUAGAUGUGAUCCUUUCGGUUUGUGCGGUGAGAAUAGUUAUUGUGUUAUGAUGGGUGGGGAACCCGUUUGUCAAUGUCCUCUUCAUUUCGAUUUUAUCAACGAGAAGCGACAGGAAUUGGGUUGCCGAAAGAACUAUAGUUUAGUUGCUUGUGACACAAGAAAUGACCAAACUUUUGAUUUUCUUGAGGUGAACGAUGUGUCUUGGAAAAAUGAUGCGUAUUUGAGUCUUUCGUUGAAGACAAAGAACAGUUGUAGGGACGAGUGUUAUCGAGAUUGUAGUUGCGAAGCCGCUGUCUUCGAGAACGAGUUGUGUAAAAUGAUGAAGUUGCCGUUACGGUUUGGGAGGAGAGUAUUAAGUGGUCAAGUUACUACAUUUUUAAAGAUUGGAGGAGAACUUGCUGGUGUUGGGACAAGGAAAAGGAAAAGGAAGCUAAGAAUGGAUAUGUUAAUCAUUAGUAUUGCCAUGGCAUGCUUGACGCUUGGGUUUCUAGCUGUAGCAACGAUCGGCGUUCGAAAGUAUCGUGCUUAUGUUCGAAAAUACAAGCGUGAUUUGCGUUUGGUAAACAAUCGAGUUGCUGAAGAUGUUUCCUUGAAAUCAUUUUCCCUCGAGGAACUUAAAGAUGCAACCAACAAUUUUGUGGACGUGAUCGGUAAAGGAGCUUACGGGACGGUUUUCAAAGGGGUGAUAUUCGAUGGCGAAAGAACAGUAGCCGUCAAGAGACUGGAAAAAGUGGUGGCCGAAGGUGAAAGAGAUUUCCUGAAUGAAAUGAAAGCCAUCGGGAAAACACAUCACAAGAACCUCGUUCGAUUGCUCGGUUAUUGCUACGACGGGACUAAUAGGCUUCUGGUUUACGAGUACAUGAAAAACGGUUCUCUUGCAGAUUUUCUUUUCAAAUCGAGAUUAAAGGUAAAUUGGGAAGUAAGAGUCGAAAUAGUAUUGAGUAUAGCGAGAGGAAUUUGUUACUUGCAUGAAGAAUGCGAGACUCGGAUUAUCCAUUGCGAUAUCAAACCCGAAAACAUCCUAAUGGACGACGAAGGGUACGCGAAAAUUGCAGAAUUCGGAUUAGCCAAGCUAUUGAUGCCUAACCAAUCUAGGACAUACACCGAAAUCCGAGGGACGAGGGGAUACGUUGCCCCAGAGUGGCAUCGAAACUUACCAAUAACCGUGAAAGCCAAUGUUUAUAGCUUCGGAAUAAUGCUGUUCGAGAUCAUUUGUUGUAGAAGGAGUAUGGAAACGGAUGUUCCGGAAAACGAACAAGUUCUUGCAUACUGGGCACAUGAUUGUUUCAAGGCUAAUGAAGUGGAGAAGCUGGUGCAAAAUGAAUUUGUGGAGAAGAGUAAAUUGGAGAAGAUGGUUAAGGUCGGAUUAUGGUGCACCCAAGAUGAAGCAUCGUCUCGACCGUCGAUGAAAAGGGUUAUCUUGAUGCUAGAAGGGACGGUUAAUAUACCCGAUCCUCCACCCCUUAGCUCCUUUGUUAGUUCUCCUUAGAUCAUGUUUGUGGCACAAGUUAAGACUUUUAACUUUGCCAAGCGUAAAAACCAUAGUGUCCAUGCUUAUAUAGUUGUGAAUUACACUGAUGAAUCACAGCAGGUAUAUACAUAUUUAUAUAUGUAUAUAUUAUCAGCCUGAUGAAAUUUACAGUGUAAUCAAUAAAUUUUUCUAUAAUAUUAGAACAGAGGAAGAUGUUUAGAUUUUGAA